UUCGGUACGUUAUCUAGGUCAACAUCCAGAUGACUUGCAUGUGAAGAUAUCUCAGUUCGAGACAGAAUGUCGAAUGUAGAUUGGGAGGGGAAUAAGGAGACGUAUGAGGAUCCUGAUGAGCAAAGAGUCCUUUUUGCUGCUCUGGAUUCGUUCUACCAGUAUGCAAAAGUUGCUCAUUUCAACACUACGCAUCUCAGGAGACAGUCAUUCUAUGCACUGCCAAGAGCACAUUUAGAACUCUUGGCUGCUCCGCCUUUCUCCUACCUCGACACCCUCAACGCUGUGGACGAUGCAAUCGACAAGAAUGCAGAACUAUCUCUUGCAAUAUGGCAAGCUGGGCUUGAAUCUUUUGGCAUCCCACAGCAACUUGGUUCUUCCCAUCCACCUGUUCCAAUUGACUGGCGGGGAAAGGCAACAUCUCUUGAUCUGGAGAAAGCGAGAAGCACUCUUCGACAAUUUUAUCGAGAUUGGUCUGAAGAAGGCAAUGCGGAACGUGAAACUUGUUACCAGCCUGUGUUGAAAGCACUUAAGGAAGAACGCUCAGCUCGUUCUGGUUCAAGAAUGCGAGUGCUUGUACCGGGUGCUGGACUUGCUCGGUUGGUGUUUGAUUUAUGCUGUGCCGGUUUUGACACAGAAGGAAACGAGAUCAGUUAUCAUCAGCUUCUUGCCAGCUCGUACAUCCUCAAUCACUGUCAUUAUUCCGGCGCACAUACCUUGUUUCCAUGGGUUCAUUCGUUCUCGAAUCACAGAAACCGGGCCAACCACCUCAAUUCGGUCGAAAUACCAGAUCUGCACCCGAGCACCACAUUGGGAAGCGUGGAACUUGCUGGAGAAAUGAGCAUGAGUGCAUCAGACUUCUUGCUCUUGUAUGGAGAUAAGGGCCGCAAAGACACUUUUGAUGCAGUUGCGACGGUCUUCUUCCUCGACACCGCACCGAAUAUCAUACGCUACGUCGAGGCAAUCAAGAACUGUUUACGGCCUAGCGGGCUGUUUGUAAACGUGGGGCCGCUGCUGUGGCACUUCGAGAACAAUGCUCCUGGGCAACAUGGACGUGAAAAGGACUCAGUUUCUGACCCUGUUUCUGACAAUAACAAUGGAAAGGGAAUUGCAGAUCCAGGAGCAGUAGAGCUGACAGACGACGAAGUGGUGGCGUUGAUCGAAAAACUCGGCUUCGAUAUAGAGAAGAAGGAGUUUGGAAUCACAGCACCCUACAUCCAAGAUCCCGAAAGCAUGCUCCAAAACACUUUCAAAGCUAGUCACUGGGUAGCUAGGAAACGAUAA